ACCCGGAUGCUGUGCCACAACUAUCGAUAAUUUUGCCCAGUGCGCAGCGCUGUAGGCAGAGCGAGGGGGCGGAAAUAUUUCAGUACCCUUGAAGCGGACAGCUCUUCCCGGAUCCACACGCGUCUGACCGCCGGGCUCCGCAUCCCGAGCCUGGAGGGCAGAGAGGACCAUCAUUCAUACCCAAGAUAGUGGAAGGUGCCCCAUUAAAGGCAAACACCUCCCUGCUCGUGCAAGAUCGUGACCACUCGCACGCCUCUGGAGCCGUAGUGGCAGGGUGAGAAGGAGGGAGGAGGAAAGAGGGAGCAGAGCAUCACCACAGAGAGAUGGCGGAGUGCGGGCGGAAGGCGCUGUCUCUCCUGGAAGCGGCCCGCUCCCGGUACGAGAGCCUGCAGAUAUCGGACGACGUGUUUGGCGAGUCCGGGGACGACAGCAGCGACAACCCCUUCUACAGCACCUCCGGGGACUCCGACUCCGACAACUACAUAGCCGAGGUGGGCGAGGAGGACCAGCAGCACCACCACCAGAAGAGGGGGGAUAAGGAGAGCCGCGGGGGAGCAGGGGGCGGCAGCGGAGCCGGUCCUCCGGGCUCUCUGUCCCGGAGUCAGGCUGAGGAGGAGGGCUGGACGGAGACGCUGCAGGAUGUCACGGUGCCGCCGUUCAAAGAGACAUAUGGCCCCGCUCAGAAGAUGCCGGCCACUGCCACAGCCUUGGACUUCUUCCAGCUCUUUGUCCCGGACAAUUGCAUCCAAAACAUGGUCACCCAGACCAACAUGUACGCCAAGAAGUUCCAGGAGCGCUUUGGCUCGGACGAGGGCUGGCGUCCUGUCACAGCUCAGGAGAUGAAGGCCUUCCUGGGCUUUGUCAUCUCCACCAGCGUGCACCGCUGUGAGUCGGUGCUCAGCAUCUGGAGCUCAGGCUUCUUCAGCAACCGCAGCAUCGCCUUGAAGAUGAGCCAGGCGCGCUUUGAGAAGAUCCUCAAGUACUUCCACAUUGUGGCUUUCCGACCGUCGCAGGGGAGCAACCAGGGCCUGUACAAGAUCCAGCCCUUCCUGGACUCUCUGCAGCAGUCAUUCGGCUGCACCUUCAGACCUUCACAGACACAGGUUCUUCACGAGCCCUUGAUAGACGAGGAUCCGGUCUUCAUCACCACAUGCACAGAAAGAGAGCUGAGGAAGAGGAAGAAGAGAAAGUUCAGCCUCUGGGUUCGACAGUGUACUUCCACUGGAUUCAUCUGUCAGAUCUCAGUCCAUCUGAAGGAGGGCACAGACGGUCUGGCCACCUUGAAGAACAAGCCGCAGCUCCACAGCCUUGUGGCCAAGCAGCUCUGCCAAAACAUCUCUGGCAAGAACACCAUCAUCUUCACGGGGCCGUCCAUCACCAGCCUCAGCCUCUUCACCGAAUUCAGCAAACAAGAUAUUUACUGUUGCGGUCUGCUGAGCACCAGGAAGAGCGACUGUACAGGUUUACCACAGAACAUGUUGGUCUGCGGCUCUACGCCGGCACAGCGCGGCCAAUCCAGAGUAAUGAUGAAAGGCACCAUGUCACUCAUCAGCUGGUACAACAAGGGACACUUCAGGUUCCUCACCAACAGUUAUUCCCCAACCAAACAAGGUAUCAUCAUUAAGAGAAAAAGUGGGGAGAUCCCAUGUCCAUUGGCUGUUGAGGCCUUUGCAGCGCAUCUCAGCUAUAUCUGCAAAUACGACGACAAGUACAGCAAGUACUUUAUCUUCCAUAAGCCCAACAAGACCUGGCAGCAGGUGUUCUGGUUGAGCAUCAGCAUCGCCAUCAACAACGCUUACAUCCUCUACAAGAUGUCUGACGCCUACACGGUCAAACGCUAUAGCCGAGCACAGUUUGGAGAAAGACUGGUCAGAGAGCUGCUGGAUUUAGACGACUGCUCCCCCACACAGUGAGGAGGAGGAGGAGGAGGACAGCAGGAGCACACAACACACACACACACACACACACACACACACAAACAUAAUCCCCACACAUGCAUUCACACUUCAUUACGGUUGUACAGACUCUGAAGUCUGUGUCGAUGUGAUAAUACUGAAGCAGUGCCAAGCCUAUGUCUCUCUUCCUCUAGUUGUUUUCUGUGGUACUGUAAAUAUUCAUGAACACACGACUGCACACUACACAAUAGAGAAUCAUGAGCCAUGGGACAUUUCACAUGCCUCAACUGCAACUUUUAACCACACAGAUUUACUAGGGAUUUGUCAGCAGGAGAUAUUUCACAAGCAGAGAUGCAAUCGGGGACAAUGAAACCAGGAUGAGUUCGCCCUUAAAUGAUGUCAGCUUCCAGUUUUAACUCUUAUCAAAGAGCAAAGUUCUCGAUUUGAGCCUGAAUCUCCCGUGUGAGUGUCCAAACAUACUCAUCAAGCUAAAAAGGCUACAUGUAGCUCGAUAUUAACACUCUGCAAAAACACCUGUGACCCUGUAACAAAAACUUAGUAAACAGGAAAAUGGUGUGUUCACACACUGCAUGCAUAAAGAAUCUGGAUCGUGAUGUUCUCUUGUUCGGUGUGAAAAUGAUUUCUGCUCCAGGUGGGUUUUUGAAACUUUUCUUUUUUGUGCGUGUGUAUGUAUUUAGCAAGUGGAACUGCCAUUUGUGUGCAACGUUGAGCCUGAGGAUGUAAAUGUACGGCUAUUGUGACCCAGAUGUGUCGUGUUGCUGCAUACUGUGUACUCGCUGGAGGAAGACUGUCAGGUGAUGUAAAGCCACACACAGCAGUGUACCACCAAUUCAUGGACUCACACUUCAAAAGAGCCAAAAAAAUAUUAAAAAGGAGACUUGCUUUGGGAUUUUUUUAUGUAUUUGUCUUAGCCUUGGGCAGUAUCAAGGUGCUAUGAUAUACCAGGGUAUUUAGGAAUACAGACAUUAUGAUACAGUCAAAAAUACAGGCUCUCCUGUUUCUAUUAAAGUAAUAUGGAGAUGCUAUAUUUAAGUGGUGUAGUGCACAGCACCCGCCAGCAGAGGUCAGUGUCUACUGGUGGGACAGGCAGCUGAGCUGAGAAAGAUGGGGACUGUGAGUGGUGGGGAUAACAUUACAGGACUGUAAACAUCCAGCCAGCAACGGCAGAGAGACUUCUAGGGAAAACAGCAUAUUUUCACAUCUAACCCAGUGAAUUAAGGAUUUGUUUUUAUCAAUCCAGAGUUGGAGAUUGUUGGAACAGCUUUUUUUUAUUGUUUGUGUUGAAUUUGAAAGAAGUGUGCCUUUCAACAUAUUAACAAGGCAAGUAACCAUAAGAGAGAAACAAAUUGGGAAAGCUAAAAUUACCCCUUUUUAUUACACAAAUACCGUUAUGUACCAUAUGCCCCGGUGAAAUGUCAGGAAGGUGGGUAGGAAAGAAUAGAGACCACCCAAGUCAAAUUUCUCUAACAACAGUAAAUAACACCAAACAACACUAAAUAACCCUGACUAAAAAGGCAACUUUGACAACAAAACAACGAAGAUAAAGUUAAGACGGGAAGAGAUUUUAUGUUUUAUUCAUCAGGACUGUGUGGGUGAGGUCUGAUCAGAUUUGAUUGACAACAUAAAGAAUCAACUUCAAACUGUUUUAUCAUUAUUCAGCUACUGCUAAAACCAUUAAACCAGUGAGCAGAGCACAGAGACAGAUACAAAUACAUUAAUUAACCAAAACAGUUCCAACUUUGGCAGAAAGUGCACUCAUGUUCUUCAUAGUAAGAAUUACAAACAAACAAAAAAGACAAUAAAUGCCAUCAAAUCUUCAGCCUCCUUUCACACCAACACUUUUUAAGGCAGGUUAACUCAUCUUAUUUGUCCCGACUUAUUACUCAUGUAGUUAACUGUGCUUUGUGGGGCACAACAAGUUCAAAAUCUCCUUGAUUGGAUGUUAAGUAAGCCAGUGUUGCUAAGCAAUGAGUGCAGUCUUGGCAAGUGGGCAAGGGGUUUGGAUAAUAUUGCUUGGCAAGAUUUAGCUACAAGAAGUAAGAACUGAAUCUCUGAUGGCUUAUAAGCAAACUAAAAUGUUGCAACAGAUCUUAAUGCAGAUAAAAUUGGAGCCCAAAUCUCAUCAGGAACUUUACUUCUUUCACAAACAUGGCUAAUCACUAUUUAUGAGAAUAUUUGCAAGUAAUGAGAAUGGUGGAUAUGCUGUCUGUUAUAUAUGUCUCUGUAAAAAUCAUCUAAUACAUUUUCAUCUGAAAUGCAAGCAUUUUGUGUCCUUCCAGUGGCACAUUUUUUUUUUGCCAAGAAACAGUUCUAGACCUGCCACCUCAUGUCCAGCCAAUGGACAUGUUUAUCUGAUGCAAAUGCACUUACUGUCUCCACACCAUACGACUAAACACACUGCUGUCUGUAGCUUUAAUGAGGACUCCAAAGUCCACUUUGCUUUGCUUAAAAAGUUAUGCAGUUGACAUGUUAUAGUCACGCUGGAGUCACAUUAUGAAGAUUUUAAGUGAAAGGUUUUGAUUUGUGCUUGCUCAAUCAGCAUGGUUCGAUGUGUGAAUACAUAUUACAGUGAGAUGACGGUGUUUACGCUGGCAGAGCAGAGUCGUGGAGUGAUUUUGCUGGCAGGGCUCAUGCACUUUGUCCCAUCACAGUCUUGCACUUUGAGGAGAGUUGUAAAGGUAGCAACAUGUUUACUAGAUAAUCCUUUUUGUUUUUAACCCAAUGAUAGUAUACACUGCUUUCAGAAAAAAUAUAGAAAAUAUGAAGAGAUGUGUAAAUAUAUACGUAGAAAUUGAAAUGGAUUAUAUGAAAAUACGCCAAUGAAAUAAGGCCAACAAUUACAGACUAUAACCAAAUCAGAAAAGAUUU